AUGGCUAACGGCAGCCUCCAACUUUUUUCCUUCUUUUCUACACUUGUCUGUUGCUUUAUUGUCUGGAGAAAUCUGGACUUGUUUCGAGAGCCGGAUUACGAUAUUCUUCCCAUCAGCGCAGCCGAUUCUCUAGGAGAAGGAUUGUCGCCAGAAGAACAAUACCUCGCACGGUUGAGCCGUGAAUUCAAGCUGACAAAUGAGACGGAAUGGCUGUCAUGGAGAUUUCGGCAUGUCAAAGAUUCUGCUGAAUGGACCACCGUGAAUAGCGUGCACAACAACUUUGGUUCUCAAGAUGCGAAAGUCGUAUUCACUGAGACCCCCAAUCCGCUGGAUGUCAGAGUUACCCACAGGAUGGAACUACCGGUUUUGGGAGAUUUAAGUUCGAAAUCUUACGACGCCUCUGAUUUGGUGUUUGGAAUAACGACGACAUAUGACAAGAUUUUGGAUCGAGAGGGAGCGUUGCUAAGAAGCUGGACUCGAUGGCUUACAAAUGGUCACAAGAAGAGCAACGGCGCGAGCCUCGUUCUUAUGCUUGACCAAGCUGAUAAGGACGAAGUGGAGGAGAUUGAGGAUCUUCUUCGAACGAAUGGCGUCGAAGCUCAAGUAUUCGCUUCAGGAGAGCCAAUGUCUCUAACGAGCCGAUAUCACGAACUUGCCCACCUCCUCAAGUCUUUUGGAGCGAUUCUCUCCAAUAGUGGCGGCGCUAUUAAGCGCUGGUAUGCGCUUAUUGAAGACGAUAUUUUCUUUCCAGAUAUUCGAUAUCUGCAGCAUCGUCUAGCUUCGUACAAAACAGACGAAGAGGUCUAUAUUGGUCUACCAAGCGAGCAGGAUGAUUGGGAGCCGACGCGAAGAAAUACGACUACGACGACGUAUGGCGGUGGUGCCGUAUUCCUCACUCAUCCUGCGCUGAACACGCUUUCAAAGCUCUCGUGUUUCGAUAUGCCUGAGCUUAGGGAUCGAUUCCAUGCGAAGCGAUGGGAUGUGCUUUUGAAAACCUGCUUCGCUUGGAAUAGCGAUGUUAGCAUGAAUGUCUUGCCUGGCUUUUAUAGUCCGGAUUUUGAAGUGACCAACCUGGAUGUUGAUGCUUAUGAGACUGGUGUGCGGCCAUUGGUUCUUCGUAAUGCGCUGGAUGGCCAUGGAAUGGACGUGAAUGUGGCGCAUUUGGUGACGAAUGCGUGUGAUGCCUGUUUCAUGCAGCGUUAUGUUUUUCACGACAACUGGGUUCUGACAGUCGGAGUGUCCAUUAACGAGCAUUUCGGUACGAUACAACACAGCUCAAAGGAUACCAAGGUGGUGGUUACAGACAGCAUGGCAACGAACCAAUCGUCGACACUGCAUGAAGUUACUAUCGACGAUGCAGGGGUAGAUAGGACAGAGCUGCUGUGGACGGGAAAUAGAAGAGUGUGGAAGUUUGCAGACUCGGUUAUGAGUGAUGAUGGGGCUGUGUGGCAGGCGUAUGUUGAUAAGGCUGUUGGCGAGCCUGGGCCUGAUAAUAUCGAUUCUGUGAUUAUACUGGUCUGGGAGAAUAUGGAGCGGUAG